AUGGAUCGCCAGAAGAACGAUUAUCAUGCGGCGGAGAUUAUACGGCGCCUGAAAGGAAAAGAUAUAACUGUUGAUGGCUGCUGUACAUUCUCAAAGGACAAUGCUCUUAUCGCAUCCAUCAUCUGUAAGAUCCUCGGUUUCAAUGGAUCGGGCGUGAAAGGAACUCAGGCAUCCAAAGUAGCAACUCAGAAAACACUCUUCUUGCAAAAUCAACAUGUUGAAAACUAUCCCAGUUUUAGUUCUUAUGCUUCAAAGAGCAUUCGUAUACGAUCGGUCGACGAUAUUUCCUACGCCAUAGACCAAGUGAGGUUACCUGGCAUUCUGCAAUUUGAAUACGGCUCCGGUCAGGUGGGAGUACACCGUUGUAAUUCUACAGAGGAAUGCAUUAAAGUUUUCAGGUCCUUUAGGUCGUUUGAUGAAAAUUCAACUGAAAAUGACCUAACAUAUGAAAACAAAAUGAUAUUGAUGCCCUAUCUCGAUGGCACAAAACAUGAUAUUGAUGUAGUUAUGUAUAAACAACGGUUGGUAAUGGCAAUCGUGAGAGAUAAUGGUCCAGCGAUGUCUAACUCAUUCAUAGAGACUUCUUCUUGCUGGCCAUCAUUUCUUUCUGUUGAAGAACAGCGCCAGCUUAUUGCUGCUGCUUAUUUAUGUUGCGUUGGGGUUGGUCUGGAAAAUGGUGUCUUCAAUGUGAAAAUGAAAAAGACCUCCACCGGUCCAAAACUGAUAGAUCUCAACGCAAGAAUGGAUGACUACUAUAUUCGGAACUGGCUUCUCGAUUAUUGUGGGAUCGAUUUGGCUUUCUAUGUGUGUAUGAUAGCUUGUGGAAUGAGACCCAUACCUCCACCGAGUAUAGAUCCUGAGUGCCAAGUGAUGGGAAUCAUGUGCUUUCCAUCCCUGCAUGCAGAUAUAUUCAACGAGAAAAACAAAGGGACACUAAAGAGAUAUGAAGACAACGGUGACAUUAACUGCGUGAUCAUCGAACCACCACAGCAUUUAGAUAUAUCUGAGGAUAUCGAGUUACCUCUGUGUAAUGUCGCUGUUACUGGAAGUUCUUUAGAGGAAGCAAAAGAAAAACUUCUUUGUAUUUGCAAAACUUUAGAUAUCACCAAACAAGAGUAUGACGUAGAACACUUCUUGUCCAUGUUUAAAUUUUGA